AAGAUGUAUAUGUCUACAAAAGUGGAUAUCAAAUGUAUUAUGAAUAUGAUGGAUUUUACUAUGACCCCAAUUUAUGUGAAAAUGACUGUAACUAUAAUGGAUAUUGUGAAAAUGGAACAUGUGUUUGUUAUUACCCAUACUAUGGUAAUAAUUGCAGUAGCUAUUCUAAUGACACUAGCAGCAGCAGCUAUAACAAUGAUGAUGAAAUAUUAUGUGAUGUUUAUGAUAACACCCUCAGAAUGGACAGCUACACAUCAAUUACUUGCACUGUUAUUGGAAGAGCCGAAUGCUAUGAUGCAGUUGGAGGUGCUAGUGUAUUAGUAGAUUAUCCAAAUAAUGUUACAUUUGUAACCAACUCAUAUCUAACUAAUUCAGUUCUUUGUACAGGUGGUCAUAUUAUAUGCAAAACUGCCAAUGUUAAAUGUAGACUUGACGUGUAUGGCUAUCUCCAUAUUAAUGAUAAAAUAACCCAAUUGAAAUCCGUCUCGUUCAACCGUAAUAGUUUAAGGGGUCUUCAAGGAGGAGCUAAUAGAUCCAAUGAUGCCAAUAAAUUAAUUUCACCUCUAGUUUAUUUAGUUUCAUUAAUUUCUUUAACUAUUUUAUUAAUUUAAAUUAAAAAAACAAUUAAUAAAUAAAUAUUAGUUAUUGCAUUCAAAUAUUAAAAUAAAAAAAAAUAUUUUUUAUGUUAGGUGUGUGUAAGGUGGUAUUUCUAAAAAUAAACCCCACACAUAUUACCCCACGC